UUCGCAGCACAGGGUGUUCGCCGGCCAACAGAAUCCAAAUGAACUCCUACGCAGCAGCUGAUCCAGAGAAGGAUGAAACCGUUGCCCGAAAGGGGCACUUCUAUGGAGUUUAUCUGCUUUGCAGCCAGAGCUUGGAUAGUCGAUACCGUGGAAAGUGCUAUGUGGGCUUCACCGUCAACCCGAAGAGACGCAUCAAGCAGCACAAUCGAGGCUGUGACUUUGGAGGCGCCAGAAAAACCAGCCGCAAAGGACCCUGGCAAAUGGUAAUGAUAGUACAUGGCUUCCCCAAUAAUAUAGUGGCUCUCCAGUUCGAGUGGGCUUGGCAACAGCCUUCGCUUUCUACGCGACUGAAGAUUUUUCCCGAAUUGAAGCGAAAGAAUCCCAGAGAAUCGCAUUUUGACUACAAUUUUAGGAUCCUCAACCGAAUGCUGGGGGUAGGUCCGUGGAAUCGACUGGCACUCACCAUUCGAUGGUUGGAAACAGACUACGAGAGGGGAUUCGAAGUGCCCAUACCUCAUCAAAUGGAGAUAGUGAGUGGCAAAGUGUCCAUAACCAGCUCUCAGCGUAAAAAAGGUGAGGAUGCGAUGGCAACGGUGCCUGUGGCCUGGGCCCCGGAAUGUCACCUUUGUAUGAAGCGCAUCGAUCAGCCCGAGAGAUCGCGACUCGGGUGCACUAACCCUACCUGCCGACUUACAUGCCAUAUGAUUUGCCUGGCCAAUUAUCUAUUGGGUGACGAGCCUGGGCACUACAUUCCUGUGGGCGGAGAAUGUCCCCUCUGCGAAACGCGGCUAAGCUGGUCAGCAUUGCUUCAACGGAAACGUCUUCUACUUGGAGUGCCAGAGGAGCUGCUGGAUGAGGAGGAGGCGGAUGAUGAUCUUAGUGAUGGCCCCGAUGUGGACAGUGACGUGGAAGUGCUGGAUACGAGUGACUGAAUAAAAAGA